CCCCAAGACCGCUUCCGGCUCUUUUCCUCUGGGCGCUAGAAACUCUCCUCUCCUUCUUUCCCUCUCUCACGAUGCCUUUUGCUCCCCUUUCCGUUCCCUUCGCUUCUCUCGGCCCCCGCCCCUCCUCCUGACACAACGCCGACCCCGCUGCGGCCCUGGCCUCUGCGCUCUGAGCUAAGGCGACCUAAGUUGCGGCUACUUAGAGUGCUGUGCGGGGGUGUGUGUCCGUAUCUGAGUCUGUGUGUCCAUCCCCCGUCCUCGCCCCCUCCCUCGCCCUUCCCCAAAUCUCAGGUCUGACGUCUCGCCCUCUUAUUCGACUUUUCCUUGCGUCUCCUUCCCAAGUCGCCAAUCGCCGGGCGCCUUACCAGCGAGGCCGCCCACUCCAGUGGAUACCGCGGGAAGGGCGGGGGCGGGACCGGGGCGCUCUGACUCCCUUCCCGCCCCAACUGGCCUGGGCCGCGAGGCAAGGGGAGAGGCGCGGGGCUGGGGGUUAAUAUCGGGUCAGCUCACCCCUCCUGCUUCCCGCCCGCCGGUACCUCUCCCCUGAAACCCCAGCAUGGGUCAUGAGUUCGGACCAGACCUUGGUCCAGGGCAGGCGCUGGGCUUAUAUUCAGCCUGCCCGCCCCCCCCUCCUCCUUUCCAGCUAGUACCUCUGUCGCCAGGCCACUUUCAGCCGGGUAGGGAGGGAGGGCGCUAGAAGAGGGUUCGAGGGGUGAGGGGAUGGGCUGGGCUAUGUUCUAUUUGUCUUCAAAGGCUAUCUCAUUACCCAGGGGGGGCAAGGCUGCCCCCCCACCCAAGAGGACCAAACCCUGAAAUUAGCCACAUUAGCGCUGCCUCUGUGUCUUGGUGCGACUCCCUUAGAAACGGUGUGCUCGGCUGGGGGGCUGCAGAGUGGAUGCGCUGGGGGUCCUGGAGAGCCAGGACCAGGAAGCGGGGCCUGCAGGCGGGGGCGGCGGCUAAGUGCGCGUGGGAUGAGGGAGGAGCUGGGUGGCGGAGACUCUAGGAACUUUGCGAGAGUCCUUUGAGAAGUUCGCGUGUAGGCAUUUUCGGUCUGUAGAGAGCCUUCGUUUCACUCUCCUCCCGCUCCCUGGUCUCAGCGCCAACCCGUUUUCUUUCUGCGAGGAUCCUCCCAUGGUCUCGAGUGGGGAUGGGAGGCAAGACUUUUAGUUUAGUUUUUUUUUUUUGGUGGGAUAUUUCCUAAAUCAAACCUGAAAUCCCAGGAGCAGGGCGCCCACCUUCACGGAUCAGGGCGUGCCACCACCGGGAGCCCCAUGGAAAUUCCCGCGGCUCAGGGCGAAAGGCUCUAGGCUGCUGCAGCAGAGACCCAGGCAGAGGCCAGGCCUGCAGCGGGGGCGCUCGGAAACUGCGCGCGGACCGCGACGCCGAGCCGAGGUUGACAGCCUGGCUGCGAGCCGGAAACUGUCCGCGGUGCGCUGAUGGAUAGAAGAAUAAAAUCCGAAUUCCAGCAGAGUGGGAAGAUCGGAGAGUCUCUGGUCUCAGCAGCUCUGGGGGAGCCCGGUUAGAGAAGGAACUCCCGCGGGCACCCAGGGUUCACGAAACUCCCAUGCCCUGCCUUUUCUCGCCAGUCCUCACACAGGUCUGGGACUCCAGUAGGUGUGAAUGCAGAGAAAACUGGGGGCUGGGGGCAAGGGAAAGUUCGCGCCAUCAGAUGUGGGGUUCGGGCGGGGAAACUGAUCUGUGGCCUUCUCAGAUUGGGUCUGGCUGCUUCUCCUAGCCCCUCCCUACCGGGUUCUGCCCGGUGCCCAGAGUUGGCCUUACUUAGCUGGACGCUCCCCUGGAGCAGGAGAUACCAGGGGAAGCUCUGGCUCCAAACAUCUUGCCCGGAGCCUGAUUUCGUUUCUAAUUAAAACUCUCCGUGAAAUGGCAUAGGGAAUCGUGAGCUCGCCUUUUCCCGAAAAAUCUCGGGGUUACAAAAUGGAGGGUAACAUUAUUUCUGGGAGUGUUUCCCAGUUGUCAGACUCAAGCCUCGACAGCCCUGAAAUCCUCGAGUCUGCACCAAGCGGUGGCACCAGACCAGGGCAGAGCCAAGGGCGAGAUAACGAGCAGCCAUGGAUGCCCGAGUGCGUGGCCUGGCGUCCGCACCGGGAGGGAUUUGCGUCUGGUCAGGAAUCCGGACCCCAAGUAUCCCAGGAGACGCCGGCUGGCGGCCUCCAGAGCCGCCCUGGAAUUGGCUGCUGUUCCCCACCAUCUGCCAGGGCCUUGGAGUCCCUCCGUGGGUCCGGAGGAGCAACGGGGAAUCUGGGACAAACUUUGUCAACUUUGCUGUCGGCGAAGGAGGGGCCGGGGGGAAUGGCCGCUCCACGACGCACAAGGCCGGUCCUCAACCCAGGCCCCCGUACCACGAGCCAGCCUGGCCACCGGAGGAGGGGUGCGAGGCCGCGGCGGGCCGCCGGGUCCCCCGCUCCGCCCCUGCGCCGCCCCCACCUGGCCCGCGGCCCUGCGUCCCUGAGCAGCCCGAGGAGCGAAGCGCCCAGAGCGGGCAGGAUGGAAGCGCGCCCCUCAGCGCGAGUGAUCUCCUUUUUCUUUACCUUUCCAGGAUCAUCGCUUUCCCACCUAAGCGGUUUCGCUCCCCCCGCCCCCCACUGCCUUCCUCUGCGCAUCAGUCUAUCUCCCCCGCUUUCUGUGUAUUCGAUUCCGGGGCAUUCAUUUUUCCUUUUUCUUCUACUCCCUUCUUUGUUUUAUUUGAUUUUUCCUCUGGACCACUUUUCAGCUCAUCUGUCUCCCUUUCGCUCCCUCCUUGUCCGCUUAUUUUAUGUCUCUUUCUCCCUCUUCCCGCCUCUGGGACCGUGUCCCCUCUCCCCGCAUCCAUCCGCAUUUCUCGUCCUUUCUUUCCUCUCUCAUCCCAUCCUCUCCCGGUUCCGUCUGCCCCGCCUUGGCCUCGUCCCUUCCCCCGUGGAUCUGCCUCCCCCACGGCAACCCCUCCUCAUCCCUCUUGGCAGAUGAAUAUUUCGCCUUAUUGGACUCUCGGAGGCCAGGGCCGGGUGACCGGCUCGGCCAGCCUAGCACAGUUUCUUCAUGCAUAUUGAGGAGAUGGUAAUGAGCGCGUUUGCAUUGUUGCACGGAAAUACUGCAUUUCCUGCCGCAGUUCGGUGCGGGAGAGGGUGGCAGGGGGCCCAGGAGAGCUCCGUAAUGGGCACCAGGCCUCGUGGCCGCAGCUGGCCCCCAAGGGGUUCCGUGGUGCUGGAGGCCAGGGGAGGAAGUGACCUUGUGGAGCUCAGGGUCUGGCCUCCGCCUCCUCAGGCUUCUCCACAAAGGCCGGCCAGGCUCCAGUCAUUAAAGCCUCGUUAUGGGAUCCCCGCCUCGCUGGCCACCGUGCCUUGGCUCCCCCAUCCCAUGGGCCUCUGAGCCCCCUCCUCUUGUGUUCCCGGGCCUGUGAUGGAGCGCCACCAGGAAAUUAGUGCCUGACACCGUCGUCUAACGGCAAUAAAUUGUUUGUGAUACUGAGUGACACGGUCGCGGGAUCAAACGCAGCUGCGCCGUAUACCCUGCUCCCCUCCCUCCUCCUUAAUCUUCUAAGGUACGUUGGCAUCGCCUGGUCAGGGAAGCUGGCUCGCAGGCCCCCGGCUGUGAAAACCCCCUUGAGCUUGAGAUCAGCCAGACAGAGCCGACUGGCAGGACUUCAUCAUUCAAGAGGAGCCCAUUCCUCCCUGAGAAGUCCCCAGAGCUCAGGAGACAGGACCCAGGCACAUCUCUCAAAGGGGUGACAGGUUAUGGAGUCAGGAGCUUCCGGGGCCAAACAGUUAGGCUCAGAGGGAACCAGUGUGCUCCUUGCUGGAAAGUCGGUAGGGCAUGGAACCCGGCUGGAGACGCAGCAGAGGGGAAGCCUCUGGAUGUUGGACAUUUGCGCCGUUCGCCGUGUUCAUCCCCCGAGUUCUCUUCCGGCUGCACGCUAGGAGCUGAGAGCUCUUGGUUCAAGACCGGAAACGUCAGGAUCUGGCCUGGUGGGGCCCUGUGUCCUGUCGAGUCUCCCAAACUUCAAGCCCUCUGUUACCCCCUCAAAUAUUGUUUGCUUAACGUUUUCCCUUAAACUGACUCAUUUUAAAGUAUUCGAAUAUAUGGUUUUGGAAAGAACACUUGAUACGACUACUGUAAAUUGAAAAGUAGUUAUUACUCACCAUAAAAGGAAAUUGUAAAAGAUAAAAACAACUAAAACCAAGCGAUGUUAAUACAUUUUAGGCAUGUUGCUUGCUUGGGAAUAACUUCUAGCGGUCUGUGUGUGUGUGUGUGUGUGUGUGUGUGUGUAAGUGUGUCUAGACUAGCAGGUGUUGGAAGUGUUAAACACUGAAUUUUUCUCAGAAGAAAUGGGAGAAUCGAAAAGGGAAUGUUUCUUCUUAUUCAAUAAUGUUAAUCAACUGUCUCCACACCACCUACAAUCACAUCGAGGAUGCUAAAAGCUGCACUGGUUUACGGAUUACUAAUGUCAUGCUCUGUUGAAGAGUAUGUUAAAAAUUUAAGCUAAAACAUAAUG